GCAAAUUGAAUCAAAUGCUGCAAGCCCUCUCAGAAACUGAGCGUGUUUUUGAAGAACAUGGAAAGAAUGUUAAAAUGUUCGUUUCCGAGACUAGUCUUCAAGCCUGGCGUCUAACUAUAAAUAGUGCAAUAAAUCUGAUCGAGGAGCAAUUCAAAGCAGGAAUUAAAGUUGUACUAACAGGAAAAUUUAAUCAAGAUCCUCUAGAGAGGCUGUUUGGAAUCGUUCGUUCGGUAGAUAGCCACCCAACGGUGACAUCUUUUUUGCAAAUCAUUCGAUACGUUUCUCUACAAUCUCGCCUGAGUUUUCUUAUGAAGCAAGUGAAAGGAAGUAAUAUCGACAAUAAGGAGCCACUUGAGAUGCUGGUAACGAUGUCCCAGUGUCUCCAACAACACGCAAAAGACAUUGACAUCACCGUGAAGGACUUUAAGGAAGCCAUCAAAGAUAAGUUGCUCGCCGAAUUAACUAUACGUUAUGUAGACGACAUACCAAAAGGAGGUAAAAAUGAUUUCAAUUUAAACUUGAUGGUGUAUGACCUUUGUGGUUACAUCGUAAAAACGAGGAAACAUUUAACUGCUUGCGAAGUCUGUAAGAAUUUGGUGCGUUGCCACGAACUUGACUUACCUAAAGAUUUCACUUCUGACCAAUAUACAGCAAUGAGAAAUCGUGGUUAUCUAGUCUACGUAACGGUACCUUUUUUUAAAACUAUUCUUGUUGUUGAACUGGCAAUUCAAUCUAGUUUUGAAGAUCUCAACCACAUCUACAUCCACGAUUCAUUUGAAUUGUGUUGUGCCAAAAUUGCAGAGUUACACACUGUUCCACUUUUCUGUGACGAACACAGAGAUUAUAACCUAAAAUACCUAGUAAUGGAGUAUGUAAAGGUACGUUUUCAUUUAGAGAGCAAGCGUCUUAGAAAACUGUUGGUGUUGCAAGCCAAAUCCAAAGUGCAAACCAACUUCAAAAUAGCUAAGAAUUCGUAA